AUUCGUACCCAAAAAUUUGUCCCAAACGCCGGUAGUGCGAUCGCCUCCCAACCAAAUCGCAGCCUCGCCGUCUAGACACCCCCUACCCAGAAAACCUCCGAAAAGAAGCGCCCUUCGUCCUCCCCUUCGCGCCUCGAAAAGAUGGCUGGUACCCUGUUGGGAGAGGCUAAUUACUUCCAGAGAAAGAUACGACUAGAUGUCAUCAAACAGCUUAUAGAGUCGCCGCAGAGCUCAGAAAGUAAAAUAACGGAGGGAUUGAAGCAGCUGCUGGUGGGUAUUUCGAGGGGAGAACACGUGUCAAAGAUAUAUCCGUCUGUGGCCAAGCUCUCUGCGCAUCGAAAUCAAGAAAUCAAAAAAAUGGUCUACAUCUACCUCACUCAUUACGCUGAGCUCGAACCCGAGGCGGCACUUCUGCCUAUUAGUAUCUUAAAGAAAGACCUUUCCAACGUCAAUCAACUUGUCAGAGCUACGGCACUGCGCAACCUGUCCUCCAUUAGAGUCAAGAGCAUCGUUCAUUUGACCGCCCUGGCCAUAAAAAAGGCGUCUCUGGACACAUCUCCCUACGUUCGCAAAGUGGCCGCCCAUUCGACUAUAAAAGUCGUUAGCCUCGACUUGGCUCAGGAACCAAUGAUGCUCGAAGUUAUCGAGCACCUACUCAAGGACAAGAAUAACGCCGUUCUGGGAGGUGCUAUAGCCGCCUUCUCGGUCUUGUGUCCCAACCACUGGGCGUUUUUGCACAAAAAUUUUCGCAGAAUUUGUCACGAACUUUCCUCAAUAGACGAAUGGGGCCAAAUCAGCGCUCUAGCCGUUCUAACUCGAUACGCCCGUGCUCACUUCCUAGACCCCAGCGAAGAUGGUCAGGAAACAAAGCGAUCCCACAAAAAAACCAAUGACGCAACACUUCUAGAUCCAGACUACUUGCUUCUGUUGAAUAGCGCCCUUCCCCUUCUACGUAGUCUUAAUUCCGCUGUGGUCUUGGCUGCGGCCACUCUGUGUUACUAUCUCUUGCCAGAAUUCCCUUCCCAUGCUGCCAAAGCACUCAUACACACUAUGCACACCAACGCUCACUCCACCUUGACCAUCCUGAACAACAUCCAGGUGUUCGCCUCCCACCAACCGGAACCCUUUCUCCCGUUCAUAGACGAAUUCUGCCCCUCUUUAUGGGACUCCACGCCCAUCCAAAUCCAAAAAAUCCAAAUUUUUGCGCUACUCGUCAACGAACGCAACUUUCUACAGUCCAUCCGUCGAUUCAAGUACUACCUCGCUCACUACUCAAGCGAGCCCUUUCUGCAAGUGAUCAUCGCGUCCAUCGGGCAAAUCGCCCUCAAAAAUCCCUCCUUUACCGACAUCUGCUUGCAAUUCCUAAUCUCGCUCAUACUCGACGAAAACAAACUGAUCACCUCCUACGCCGUCAUAGCUAUCAAACAAAUCCUACAGCGCCUCAUCGACUCAUCACAAGAAUACAGCCAAACUCAAUCCGACUACACGCGCAUCACCCAAUACCUCGCAAAAGUACUCGAUACCAUCAACUCUCCCGAAGCGCGCAUAUCCGUCCUGUGGAUCCUCGCCAACUACACUGACCACAUUCUGCAUAUGUCGCACCUCGUCCUGACAAAACUCGCGAAAAUUUUCGUUCAAGAAACCGUCCCGUCUAAACUUCAAAUCCUCAACUUGACCUCCAAAAUAUACCUCCUAAAACCAGACGAAACCAAACUGAUCUUUCAAUACUUGCUAGAUCUGGCCAAAUACGACGUAAACUACGACCUCAGAGACAAAGAAAGACUCCUCAGAAACCUGUGCUUCUCCAGCGUUCCACACCCUCCUGUCAGCCAACAACGCCUCCUUGCCUUGCUCCUGUCGAAAAAGCCAGCAUCAAACCCCGCGUCUCCAGUAAGCGACGACGAGCCAAACCAAUCCUUUUACAUAGGAUACAUAUCCUUCAUUCUGGGGCCAAAUGUAGACGGAUGCUUCACUAUACCUCCCUGGACCAAAAAUAAAUCCUCCAGCGAAUCCAGGUGUCUAACAACAUCACCCCCCGUCGCCUCGCACAAUCAAGGCUUGUCCGCCAUCCAGUCACCCUCCCCUUCUUCAUACGCCCCCGCCUCCAACCCCCAACGCGCGGACCAAUCCCCUUCCCCGCGCAACUCACAGCCUGUCGUCAACAGCAACUUCGAACAACAAUUCUGGGACGACCUAGACGAACAAGCCUCCUCAACCACCGGUUCUGACACCGAAUCCUCCACUGACAGCAACGCUUAAAAUGACGCACCGCGCUAUCCGUCAGCAAUGUCGAUAAAAAAACAUCACCCAAAAUCCA